AUGGACGAAGUUACUGGUCAACAGACCGCUGGGUCUAUAAACCAGACAAAGAAGACAAGUUGGUUUGGAAAUGUUGCGAAAAACCCGUUUAUAUUUGGUGUCGCACUGUUUUCAACCCUCGGUGGCUUCCUUUUUGGCUAUGAUCAGGGAGUUGUUUCGGGAGUCCUCACCAUGGAGUCCUUUGGCGCAAAGUUCCCUCGCGUCUAUAAUGAUAGCGGCUUUAAGGGAUGGUUUGUGUCAACGUUACUUCUGGGUAGAAAGAUGUGUGUGAUCACAGCAGUUGUUGUCUUCGUCGUCGGAUCUGCUAUUCAGGCCGGAGCAGUCAAUAUUCCGAUGCUCUUUGCUGGUCGUGCCAUUGCCGGAUUCUCCGUGGGACAACUGACUAUGGUGGUGCCUUUAUAUAUAUCUGAGGUGUCUCUACCGGAUAUUCGAGGUGGACUCGUUGUAUUACAACAAUUAUCCAUUACUAUUGGCAUUCUUGUAAGCUACUGGCUUGAUUAUGGAACCAACUACAUUGGAGGUACUCGAUGUGCCCCGGGGAUAGAGUACACAGGUGGAACAGUCGAGAAGCCCGUUUUUGAUCCCUACAAAGAUGUUGGACCAAACGGCUGUGACGGACAAUCAGAUGCGUCUUGGAGAGUUCCACUGGCCUUUCAGAUUCUUCCGGCGUUGGUUUUAGGAGUUGGAACGCUCUUCUUCCCAGACUCACCAAGAUGGCUGUUUAUGAAAGACCGUGAAGAAGAGGGACGCAAAUCACUUGCAACACUACGACAGAAACCUAUUGAUCACCCAUCUAUCGAGACUGAAUUCCUCGAAAUCAAAGCAUCCGUUAUUCUUGAAAAUACGUUUGCUAAGGAAAAGUUUGCAAACUUGUCCGGGGUUAAAUUGCACGCUGCACAAGUAGGUUUCCCUCAAAAACAAAUCGUAAACUCUCCAUCUCAUGCUAACGUUCUGUACAGUACUAUUCACUUCUUAGCACUUGGUCUAGGUUCAGGCGACUUGCAAUUGGAUGUUCCAUUAUGUUUUUCCAGCAGUUCAUGGGGUGCAAUGUCCUCCCUCCUGGCUACUGGUGUAUAUGGAAUCAUCAACUGCAUUAGCACUCUUCCAGCUUUAUUCUGGAUAGAUAGGCUAGGGCGUCGAAUGCUUCUAAUGUGCGGUGCCGCUGGAACCUUCAUUUCACUGGUUAUUGUCGGCGCUAUCAUCGGUGCCUAUGGCUCCAAUUUCAAAGCUCAUGCCGCCGCUGGAUGGGUUGGGGUUGUGUUCAUCUACCUCUAUGAUGUCAAUUUCUCUUAUUCAUUUGCCCCAAUUGGAUGGGUAUUGCCAUCUGAGAUUUUCCACCUCUCAAUCCGUUCAAAGGCUAUCUCGAUUACUACAUCAACCACGUGGAUGUGCAAUUUUAUCAUCGGCCUGGUAACCCCUGGCAUGCUUGACAAAAUUGGAUGGGGAACAUAUAUCUUCUUUGCCGCAUUCUGUCUUAUUGCCUUUGUUUUCACGUAUCUAUUUGUCCCGGAAACAAGAGGAAAGACGUUGGAGGAGAUGGACAGUGUCUUUGGCGAUACUGAAGCGCAUGAAGAACAAAAGCGUAUCAUGCAGAUCGAAGCAAGCCUCCGUGGGACUGCUAUUGAUGAUUCAGAUGCCGUUAAAGCGAAGGUAUUGGAAGAAUCUGUAUAG